AUGAGAGUCACCGCUCCCUCCCUCCGCCGCCGAAACCAUGCUUGGCGGCAGAUGAGAGCCCUCGAGAAGCGAGGGUUCCGUGUGCGACGUCAUGGAGAUGAAGAUCAUGCCAACGACGAGGACGACGCUGACCAUGACGACCAUUCGGAGGAUUCUGACUCAGCCAGCUCGGAUGAGGAAUCGGACUUUGAGGAUGAACCUUCUACCACAAUCAUGCUUUCAUCUACCUCGACCAUCUUCGCGACCGUUCCAGUGAGGACGGGGUCAUUGGGUGCUGUCAUCCUUCCAACCAUCCCAGCAGCAGCACCAACAACCCCUGGUGUGGCACUUGGCGCCGAAGAACCUAAUGAGAUCGGAAUCGACGACCCGGAGACAGACUCCGACUCAGACGAUGAAACUACAACGUUACCACCGAAUAUCACUCAGUCCCCUCCGCAGCCCUCAUUCUUGCCUUCCCCUCCUGAUGUCACGGGAAGCCCGUCAGAAUCCAUCAGUACGACAUCACUAGCAGGUAGCGAGUCCACCUCAACGCCUGCCUUGACGGAAACACCGCCGACGGCAACGGCUAGCUCAUCUUUACCUGCUGGAGGAAAUAUUGGUACGGGCUCAGAGGCAAGUCCCUCUCAAACCCCGGGCACUCUCCCUGGUCCCGAUCUUUCAGCCGGUGUGGACGUAGGUGCCGAGGUAAAGGACGAUAAGCUCAGUGGCGGUGCCGUGGCCGGGAUUGUGCUUGGAGUCUUGCUCUCCCUCGGUCUUAUCGCCGGCGCUCUCUUCUUUUGGUGCAAACGGCGCCGCGACAAAGGCUUGCCUUUCAUUCCCUUUGGCUGGGGUAGUCUCGGCAGCCGUUCCUCCACUCCAGACAUCACCGCUCCGUUACCUGGCAAGAUCGGCGGUCCCAACCACGCCAAAACCAACACCCAGAUCAUGGACGAGCUCAUACGCGCUGCCUAUGCUUCCGAAUCCGGCGGUAACGUCAUAGCUGACGAAGCAGCCGGGUACUAUGACUACAACGAAAAGAAACGCAUGGACUCUCAGCAACCGCCGCACCUCUCGCUCAACCUGCCUACUGCCCCGCAGUCGGCGAAUGACAAUGGCAAUCCGUUCCUGGAUGAACAGACGUAUAUCGCCCUGGCCGGACGUCUGACUCCACAGCCUCCGCAACAGGCUAGGACUCAGUCUGUCGCGACGGAGGAUAAGCCGGUGAUGCAGUGGCUGGAGGAGGUCAGACCGCCGACGCAGGUCGGGAUACCACCGGCUUCACCGAGCGUACCGCCUUCAGCGACACUGCCGAGGCCGGUGGCCGGGAAUGGCUCUGGUGCGACGAGGAUUGUGGAGCCGCCUCAACCCGCGUACUUUGGGAGAUAUACCAUGACAACGGAGUCGUCCGGGGCGAGAUGGGGAUAG